AUGUUAUUUAUACGACAUUCGGAAGAUGAUCAAGAGUUUUUCGAUAUUGAUAAUGAUAUAGCAGAAAAUAAUUGUGAUUUAUUUGAUAGCGAUUAGGAAGAAGAGAAUAUUUUGAAUAUACGAAAAGAACAAAAAAGAAAGAGCUUCAUAGUUAGUUCCGAAAGCGAAAAUAAAGAAAAUAUUGAAACUGCUAUAGACGGAACUGUUUGGGAAAAAAUAAAAGGAGGGUAUAAUCGCGGAAGAACACCGAUUUAUAAUAUUUUCAAGGAAAUAUCAGGAUCGACAGGAUACGCUAAAAAAAAUAUCAUAAAGGGCGGAGUUGAGUCAGCAUUUUCCUUGAUUAUUGAUCAUAACAUGAUUGAACGUGUAAGAAAAUAUACUGAAUUAGAAGCAUUUCGAGUUUUGAAAACGAAAUGGAAAGUAUCAACUGCGGAAUUAUAUGCAUUUAUUGGACUUCUAUAUGCACGCGGCGCAUAUAAGGCUAAAAAUAUGGAUGUAUCAUAUUUAUGGAACACGAAAUGGGGUUCGUCAUUUUUCUCGAAAACUAUGAGCCGAAAUUAUAUGCACUUUGCAGAAAUCAUGAGAUUUAUUAGGUUCGACAAUAAGAAUAAACGAAGAGAAUAUGUUGUUAUAGAUGAACAAUUGUUUCCUACAAAAGCACGUUGUAGAUUUACUCAAUACAUGCCCAACAAACCGGAUAAAUUUGGCAUAAAAUUCUGGUUAGCUUCUGAUCAUCCUCUACAAAAAAGUUGGUUUCAAGAGUUCAUGAUUGAGUUAUUACGACGUUCAGCAUUGAGUUUUGAUUUGAACCCCAUCAAAAAUCUAUAUCUUUGCGAGGAAAGUUUAUGA